UGAGUUCAUAUAUGUGGGCUAUGACAGAGGCAGUGACAAUUUAAUAUCAAACAAAUUUAUGCAGUAAAAAAUGUUGCAAUGAUUUAAAAAUUCAAGAAUAUUACCAACAUUAGGAAUAGUCAAGAUAUAGACUGGUGCACUUUCACUCAACAGUAAAUUUAUCAGAAGACAGCACUUUUAUGGUGUCAUUGUAACUCGCCACCUUAACUGGUCACCGAAUUUUCAUAUAAUGAUCAAUUCAUAUUAGACUUUCUGCUUUAUAAAUAAUUUAAAGGCUUCACUCUUUAAUGCUCCGUAGUUAAUUAUAGCAAAUAGUUUCUUAUCAAACACUAGUUCCAUUGGAGUCCACUGCUAGUUUAUAUGAAAGACAUUGAAAGGCUGUUGGGCGAUGAUUUUUGGAAGGAAAAUACUAUUCCUACUCCAAAAUUCUACUCUCUCCCACAAAAUUUUGAUGUUGACAUUUUCAUUGGGACCCACAGGAUGAAAAUAACUAAUCAUCGGGGAGUAAAAGUGAGAGAGUACAUAGACUAUAAGCCAACGCGGAUGAACGAUUUUUGGCCCCUCAUUUACGAAAUACAUGUUAGAGUUCAGAGUUGUGGCCCCACAACAGUGACAGCAGAUCAGAUACUGUGGAUUGUGUUUAUACAUGUGUUUUUGCUGUGCUGAAACAGAGCAUUUGCAACUACGAUCUACUGCUUAUAAAAAUGAUGGCCAGAACCCAGAAGGAAUGGAAGAAGCAGUGAGCCAGUGAAGAGAGAAAAAUGAGCAGCAAAGCUCAGCAUGUUGUAGUGAUCUCGGUGCCAGUACAAGGCCACAUCAACCCGAUGCUUCAGUUCUCCAAACGUUUGGCAUCUAAGGGUGUGAGAGUCACCAUACUGGCGCCAGCUUACCUUACCACUUCCUUGCAGACUAUGUACGGUGGUUUAAUUCAAAUUGAGUGCAUUUCUGAGGAUGAUAAGCCACCCCAUGGGAUUGACGAACUCCUGGAAUGGUUUGAAACCAUAGUUUUCCGGAGUUUCAGGAAUCUCGUUGACAAAAUGGAGGGCUCUGGUUGCCCACUGAAGGUUGUUGUGUACGAUGCUGUCUUGCCAUGGGCACAAGACUUGGCUCAAAACCAUGGCCUUAAAGGCGCUGCAUUUUUCACUCAAUCUUGUGCUGUCUGUGGAAUGUACUACCUUAUGUACAGUGGAAAGCUGAAAGUUUCUACAACCGAGAAUUCCUCCGUUUCAUUGCCAUCAAUAAUGCCGGUGAUGGGACUACAAGACUUGCCUUCUUUUUUCAUAGAUACUCAGUCCUAUCCAUCUCUUUCCAAAAUUAGCAUCAACCAGAGUAUGAAUUUUCAGAAAGCUGAGUGGCUGCUCUUCAACAGCUUUGAUAAUUUGGAAAAGGAGGUGGUGGAAUGGAUAUCUCAUGAAGCUGCAAUAAAGACAAUAGGGCCAACUAUCCCAUCUAUGUACUUGGACAAAGGAUUGAAGGAUGACAAAGACUACGGCAUGAGUUUAUUCAAGCCAAAUAGUGAAUCUUGCAUCAAGUGGCUCGACUCUAGGGAAACUAGCUCGGUUGUUUAUGUUUCAUUUGGGAGCUUAGCCAGUCUUGGAGAGAAGCAGAUGGAGGAACUAGCGUGGGGGUUGAUGAGGAGCAACUGCUACUUCUUGUGGGUAGUGAGAACCUCGGAAGACAGCAAGGUACCAAAAGAUUUUAAGUCCAAGACAUCGGAGAAAGGUCUAAUCGUAAACUGGUGUCCACAACUGGACGUCUUGGCUCAUCCAGCUACUGGCUGUUUCAUGACUCAUUGCGGAUGGAAUUCAACACUGGAAGCAUUGAGCUUGGGAGUGCCGAUGGUGGGGAUGCCACAAUGGUCGGACCAACCCACCAAUGCAAAGUAUAUAAUGGAUGUUUGGGAAACAGGAAUUCGAGUUAAAGGUGGUGAAGAUGGAAUUGUUACAAGAGAAGAAAUAGAGGGGUGUAUAAGAGAAGUCAUGUUUGGAGAGAAAGGAAACAUCCUUAAAAACAAUGCUCUAAAAUGGAGAGAAUUGGCUAAGGAGGCAGUUGAUGAAGGAGGUACCACUGACAAAAACAUUGAUGAAUUCCUCUCCCAACUUAUUAAAUGAAAUUGCUAUAAAUCUUAGCAUUGAACUUAUUAUUAAUUAUGUUUGGGUCUUAUGUACGUGUUCACUGUUAUCUUGUAACCAUUCAUAAUGUUAGAACUUAAUUAUGAGCAUUGUGAUAAUGGUAAAUGUAGAAUUUCAUUCCACCGGUUCAAAGUGUAGAAUUUAUAAAGUUAUCAGUAUCCUGCAA